GAGUAGUUGUGUGCUACUACAACAAAGGCCACCCCGCUGCUGCUUGGCCAACCGACUAGUCCUCGUUGGCACGACGCACGCUCAACAACUUCCACCUUAGCCGGCCGACUAUUACUAUUUUAUUUCCCUCUGGCCCACCGUGACUGACUUGUCUCGCCUCUUCCACGGACUUUCGACUUUUCAUCCACACCGAUCGACCUUUCAAGGGGUUUCUAGAUCGACCAUACACCGUGAACACUAUUUACAAAAUCAGGGAUAAAGAAUGGUUCGUCGAGGGUAGAGUCUUGUGAUGAUACCGGAGAUGUUUACACUGAUCCAUCUGAUAUUGAAUAGUGUUGAAGAAAUUGGAGCUUAAUAAUCAGUGUCGUGUGGCAAGGAUCAGUCAUGGAACGCGGUUGGAGUAAACGGUACCGUUGUCAGGAUCGUGUGCCUCUUCGCGUGGAAAUUGUCGUUCAUUAAAGAUACUCUGAUUAGAGACGCUUUGUGGACAGUAAUUAACAAGAUAGUGACAGAAGAAUCGAGUGUUCAAGAGGACAUUUUUAACAGAAACAAACAUCGCCACGUGGUAGGGGGUGAAAUCUUGGAAAAUGCAUUUUCUAGUCGAAGACACGUGUCCUGGACAAUCGUUUCGUGCGUCGAUUCAGCACUAGCGCGUUUGCGAAGGAUCAUUCGACGGAUCCUUUCCUCACUGGCGAUCUAAAUAGCGGGCGAUCGAGUUUCUGGAUUUUCUACGAUGGAUUCGCAGCAGCUCGUUGAUACAGCCUCUCAGAAUAGCCAGGACAUCGUCCUGCCGAAACCAGCGAGUAGCACACCCAGGCACAGCAUCGACGCGAUCCUUGGACUUGCAAAUAACAAAAGGAGCCAUCAAGAGAUGGAGGAUAACGCUCGAGACAGCCAGGAAAACACUGGUGAGAACAGCUGCAACUCCACCGGCGGCGGCAGCGACGAGGAACUCGGCACAGGCUGCGGGGACGAUUUAAACGGGAACGGCGGCAAGAAGAAGCAUCGUCGAAACAGGACGACCUUCACCACCUACCAGCUGCACGAGCUCGAGAGGGCCUUCGAGAAGUCUCAUUAUCCGGACGUGUACUCCAGGGAGGAGCUCGCUGCAAAAGUCAGUCUUCCGGAAGUGCGCGUCCAGGUCUGGUUUCAGAAUAGGCGAGCAAAAUGGCGUAGACAGGAGAAGAUGGAAGCCGCGAGACUCGGCCUCAGCGAGUAUCACCACGCGGCAAAUAUGAGUUUAUUGUUGUGUCGCAGAAACGUGGCCGGGCCGGCACUGGGUUUACCUGGGGAUCCUUGGCUCACUCCCCCAGGACUAUUAAACGCCCUUCCUGGUUUCUUGGCUGCGCCUCACACGGGAUAUCCUAGUUAUCUAACGUCCCCGAGACGAUUGCCGUCGCCACCGAACGUUGCCACCGUCGCGAACACCGUGCCAGGAACCCUAACCGGAGGGAUGACGAGUAUAGGAAGCGGUGGUCACGUUCCCGCAGCGCCUCCCAGUCCUCCAGGACACGAUCCACGCACAACCAGCAUCCAGGCUCUGAGAAUGCGAGCCAAGGAACACGUUGAAAGCAUUACCAAAGGGUUGCAAAUGGUCUGAAGUUUAACGUACAACCGAGGAAGGCAAGAAAUCGAAUUCGAGCGUGCCAUAGCCGCGCAUUUAACACCGCGGGCGUGACCGGAAGCAAAACUACUCUACCUUCGACCCUUCAACCGCGGAGAAUGUCCAGUAGAAGCCAGACAGAUCGACAAACACGUUCCAUCGUUCCUUUUUCUAGCUGGUGAACGAAUAGUCAAUCCCUGGAAUCGUUUAUUGGUUAUCGAAAGAGUACCUAGGAGCUCGACGAGAAAAGGACGAUUAACGCACGUUCGAGACGAUUCUCGAUGGUAAUCGAGAAGCAGCAGGCUGGUCCGAUUAUUACCUGGCUGAUUGGUAAAUGAAAUUUAUUCGAGUUCAUCGAUCACAGCAAGAGGAUGAUUCUUUGGUUCUAUGGAGACGCUCGUCGAUGUUCUAUUUGUUUGGAUGAUAAAAAGAGAACCUAGUUGAUAAUAGUGCAAUAAACGAACAGAAACAUGGUCAGACUUUUCGUAGUGUUGAGGGAGGAGAGUAGGUGUAAGGUCCAGAGACGAUCCUUCUUGGUUAGCAGCAAGAAUUACCAAGGACUUCCUGAGCUCAGUAAGUAAUAUGUUACGUAUAGUUCUAAUCGAAGGGGUCAAAAGAGAAAAUAAUGUUCUUUCGAAUGUGAUGAGGAGACAUUUUAUUUGAAAUGAAAAUCUUGAACGUUGAAAUUCGAUUUGACUUUAACAUUAGCAUAAUUGUUUGAUAAUCAUGUACGGAGCCAGCUGAACAGCGACACGGUGACACGUGUGCUAUUUUAUUAACAAUAUUUGUCGCUUGUCCUUAUCUGACGACAAGCGACGGAGCAUAUGUAAAAAUAAUGCAAUUCGAUUUUAUCUCGAGCAGAAUCAAGCGUCGAGUGUGCUAUAUUUAAAAAAAAGAAUGCUCUUCCUGAAUUUGCUAUCGAAUCGUUCGAUCGUGAAAUUAAAAUCGGACUGGAUCGAAGUGCGACAAACACUGACAGACUAAAAACCACAGGCGAACUGGCCAGGGGUAGUUGGAAAAAACUCUCAGUGGACCGAUAGAGAUUUUGAGCCUAAUUAAUUAAAAUUAGGGUCCGUAAUGUCACUAAUCAACCGGUAAAAAUUCCAGUUCGCUCGUGGACUAAACCCAAUAUUUCUUGUAGUAUAGAGACUCGAGGUGCAGACAGCGCAUUUUGGCAUAAACAAUAUUCUGCAGUAUUAAUACGUUAAGGUGAAGAAUUGUGCAUAAGUACGUAAUAAAUGACUACGGUAUGCAAAUUCGAUCGCAUGGAAGAGGGCUGGCCAGACGAAUUCUAAGCUGGAGAUAUUUUCAGUAAAAAAGAAAAAAAAGAAAUAGAAAUAGAAAUAUUGUUUAUUAGUUGAAAAAUUAAUAAAUACACCCGAAUUUUUUUAAUGAAAAUUCUUUGAGCAUCGUCUUCUGUCAGUCAUUUUCCAUGCGUGUGAAACAGAAAACAAGUAGAGGGUGAAGAAAGAACGUAGACAGUUACCCACCCCCGAACGUCUAUUUGUAUAUAUACCUGCUCGUGGUAAAAUAAAAUUUGAUGUACAUAUUUAA